UAACCACCUCCCCGCUCGCUCCCUCUUACGGCAGACGGCAACUGCGGGUCACAGAGGAGCCCCGGGACUCCGCAGCACACUGGGUUUUUGGCUACCCCUUGGGCGGGCAGCCAGCCAGGCAGAAACCUCUGGGGUCUCCACCCAAGUCCCAUGGAUGGCGAGGCGUGCUGUGGUCCGAGCAUCCCUUUUGUCCCCUCCCAGCUACUAUGAAGCAGUGCACGAUGGGCGUGGGCCUACCAGCCCCGAGUACCCUUUCCUUGGCAGCUGGUACCACUACAUGGGCCAGGAGCCCCUCUCGUACAAGCGGCGUGGAGGAGUGGUGGAUCACCGUGACAUCAUCAUGGCUCAUCAGGCCCACAAGAUCCACAACACACCCCAGGCACAGCGGAAGGAGUGGGAGAUGGCUCGGUUUGGAGAUGAGGUGCCAGCCCGCUAUGGGGCAGGAGGUGCAGGGGGAGCUGGCUCCGGAACGGCAGGCGGCGGAGGUGGCCGGGGUGCCGGGGGCGUCCGGCAAGGUGGUCCCCCGGGGGCCCAGAGGAUAUACAAACAGUCAAUGGCCCAGCGAGCCCGCACCAUGGCACUCUACAACCCCAUCCCCGUCCGGCAGAGCUGCCUGACUGUCAACCGCUCCCUCUUCCUCUUCAGUGAGGACAACGUGGUGAGGAAAUACGCCAAAAAGAUCACCGAAUGGCCUCCUUUUGAAUACCUGAUUUUAGCAACCAUCAUAGCAAACUGCAUUGUUCUUGCUCUGGAGCAGCAUCUGCCUGAUGGAGACAAGACGCCAAUGUCAGAACGACUGGAUGACACAGAACCAUACUUCAUUGGAAUAUUUUGUUUUGAGGCUGGAAUUAAAAUUAUUGCCUUAGGAUUUGCUUUCCAUAAAGGCUCCUACCUAAGGAAUGGCUGGAAUGUGAUGGACUUUGUGGUGGUUCUCACAGGCAUCCUGGCAACAGUCGGCACCGAAUUUGACCUGCGGACUCUGCGGGCUGUUCGUGUGCUCCGGCCACUAAAGCUAGUGUCGGGAAUCCCAAGUUUACAAGUCGUCCUCAAGUCCAUCAUGAAGGCCAUGAUACCUCUGCUGCAAAUUGGCCUCCUCCUAUUUUUUGCAAUCCUUAUUUUUGCAAUCAUAGGGUUAGAAUUUUAUAUGGGGAAAUUUCACACCGCCUGCAAGGAUAUUAUUACAGAUGAAAUCAAGGAGGAAGCUCCAUGUGGAACGGACGCGUCAUCACGCCUCUGCCCUAAUGGGACCAAGUGUGAAGAAUACUGGCAAGGACCCAACUAUGGGAUCACGCAGUUCGAUAACAUCCUGUUUGCCGUGCUGACUGUCUUCCAGUGUAUCACCAUGGAAGGGUGGACUGACCUCCUAUAUGAUAGUAAUGAUGCCUCAGGGAGUGCUUGGAACUGGCUGUACUUCAUCCCCCUCAUCAUCAUUGGAUCCUUUUUUAUGCUCAACCUUGUGCUGGGGGUGCUUUCUGGGGAGUUUGCCAAAGAAAGGGAGCGGGUGGAGAACCGGCGAGCAUUUCUGAAGCUGAGAAGACAGCAGCAGAUUGAACGGGAGCUCAAUGGCUAUAUGGAGUGGAUCUCCAAAGCAGAAGUGAUCCUGGCUGAAGAUGAUAUAGAAGGAGAGCCUCGUCACCCCUUUGAUGGAGCUCUUCGGAGGGCCACAAUCAAGAAAAGCAAGACAGAUCUGCUGAACCCAGAGGAAGCAGAUGACCCGCUGGCUGACAUCUCCUCAGUGGGUUCACCCUUUGCUCGAGCCAGCAUCAAAAGUGCCAAGCUGGAAAACGCUACUUUCUUUCACAAAAAGGAGCGGAGGUUGCGUUUCUAUAUCCGUCGAAUUGUCAAAACUCAGGCCUUUUACUGGACAGUCCUCAGUCUGGUAGCUCUCAACACUUUGUGUGUUGCUAUAGUACACUACAACCAGCCAGAGUGGCUAUCUGACUUCCUCUACUAUGCAGAAUUCAUUUUCUUAGGGCUCUUUAUGUCCGAAAUGUUUAUAAAAAUGUAUGGGCUCGGAACGCGGCCUUACUUUCACUCAUCCUUCAACUGCUUCGACUGUGCUGUUAUCAUUGGGAGCAUCUUUGAGGUGAUCUGGGCUGUGGUAAAGCCUGGCACCUCCUUUGGGAUCAGCGUCUUACGAGCUCUCAGGUUACUGCGUAUUUUCAAAGUCACAAAGUACUGGGCUUCCCUACGAAACCUAGUCGUAUCUCUGCUGAACUCCAUGAAGUCCAUCAUCAGCCUCCUUUUCCUCCUCUUCCUCUUCAUAGUCGUCUUUGCCCUUUUGGGAAUGCAACUCUUUGGGGGCCAGUUCAAUUUUGAAACUGGAACCCCUCCGACCAACUUUGACACUUUCCCAGCAGCAAUAAUGACGGUAUUUCAGAUCUUGACUGGUGAAGACUGGAACGAAGUAAUGUACGAUGGUAUCCAAUCUCAGGGCGGUGUCGAUAAAGGAAUGAUGUUCUCAGUCUAUUUCAUUGUACUGACUUUGUUUGGUAACUACACUUUGCUCAAUGUAUUCUUGGCUAUCGCAGUGGAUAAUCUUGCCAACGCUCAGGAGCUCACCAAGGAUGAGCAAGAAGAAGAAGAAGCUGCCAGCCAGAAACUUGCCCUCCAGAAAGCAAAGGAAGUAGCAGAAGUGAGCCCUCUGUCUGCAGCCAACAUGUCAAUAGCAGCGAAAGAGCAGCAAAAGAACCAGAAGGGCUCCAAAUCAGUGUGGGAGCAACGGACAAGUGAGAUGCGGAAGCAAAACUUGAUGGCAAGCCGGGAGGCACUAUACAAUGAACUGGACCCUGAGGAUCGCUGGAAGGUCACAUUUGCCCGCCAAAUGCGGCCAGAUAUGAAAACCCACUUAGACCGGCCACUAGUGGUAGAUCCUCAGGAGAAUCGAAAUAACAACACCAACAAGACACGUCCCAGUGAGCCACCCUUGGACCCCCACUUUGGACAGCAGCGGCCUGAAGAGUUCCUGAGAAAGCCACCUCGCUACCAUGAGCACCCCCGAGACCCCCACAUAUAUGAGCGCCCUGACUCAGGGAGCAUGGAGCCACGACGCCCACGGAGCAGCAGCAAGGAAAUUGAUUUUAACCAGGAAAGUGGAUACCAUGAGAUUGACUAUUCCAGCAAGGAGCACAAUGCCAUCCUUGAGCGUGGUUACCGUGGUGACUGUGACUCACAGCGAAUCAAGACCUUGGACCCCCACCGCCGGCACCGAGGCAGCAAAGAGAGCCGAAGUGGGUCACCUCGUACAGGCGAUGGUGACAGGGAGCACCGGCGGCAUCGGCCUCACCGCCGGGCACCAGAUGAGGGAGGGGGGGAGGAGACAAGCAAAACUGAGCGCAGGCCUCGGCAUCGUGAGGGGAGCAGGCCUGCACGCGGGGAUGGGGAUGGGGAUGGGGAGCAGCCUGAUGGAGAAAGACGCCGACGGCACCGACAUACUGCACAGUCCACCUAUGAAGCUGAUGGCAAGGAGCGACGGCACCGGCGCAGGAAAGAGAACCAAGGCUCUGGCCUUCCACCUGGACCAAACCUAUCCACCACACGGCCGAUCCAACAGGAUAUGGGGCGUUUGGAGCCCCCAGUGGCGGAGGAUAUUGACAACAUGAAGAACAAUAAGCUGGCAACCAAUGAGACCUCAAACCAACAUCCCAUCAGCCACCCUCAGAAUCCUACCAAAGGAGGCAGCCACUCAAAUUCCACACCAAGCCACCUGCCCACCAACCCACCUGUUCCCUUGGACCAACCACUCCCCAACUCUCAGAACUCUACCAGUCGCCGGACCCCCAAUAAUCCUGGCAAUCCAUCCAGCCCUGGACCCCCUAAAAACCCAGAGAACAGCCUCAUUGUCACUAAUCCCACCACCCAGAACAAUCCACCCAAAACUGCCAAGAAAACAGAGCACACCGUGGUGGAAAUCCCACCCACCUUUCCACCACCAAUCAACAACGCUAUCAUGCAAGUCAAUAAGAAUGCCAACCCUGAACCUCUGCCCAAGAAGGAGGAAGAAAAAAAGGAGGAGGAGGAAGAAGAUGAUGGAGGGGAGGGACCCAAGCCUAUGCCACCAUACAGCUCUAUGUUCAUUCUCUCAACCACUAACCCGUUUCGGCGGCUCUGUCAUUACAUUGUCAACCUGCGCUACUUUGAAAUCUGCAUCCUGAUGGUGAUUGCCAUGAGCAGCAUUGCUUUGGCUGCUGAAGAUCCUGUGCAGCCAAGUGCUCCCCGUAACAAUGUUCUCCGUUACUUUGACUAUGUCUUCACAGGUGUCUUCACCUUUGAAAUGGUUGUUAAGAUGAUUGACUUAGGACUGAUCCUUCAUCGGGGCGCUUAUUUCCGGGACCUGUGGAACAUCCUGGAUUUCAUUGUGGUCAGUGGAGCAUUGGUGGCGUUUGCCUUCACAGGCAGCAAAGGGAAAGACAUCAACACCAUCAAAUCCUUGCGUGUCCUGCGUGUCCUCAGACCCCUCAAAACUAUCAAGCGAUUGCCAAAGCUCAAGGCCGUCUUUGACUGUGUGGUGAACUCACUCAAAAAUGUCCUCAAUAUUCUCAUUGUGUAUAUGCUCUUCAUGUUCAUAUUUGCUGUGGUGGCUGUCCAGCUCUUUAAAGGCAAGUUCUUCUACUGCACUGAUGAGUCCAAGGAGUUUGCAAAAGAUUGCAGGGGAGAGUACUUAGUCUAUGAGAAGGAUGACGUGAAGGCUGAGAAACGAGAAUGGAGGAAAUAUGAGUUUCAUUAUGACAACGUGUUGUGGGCGCUCCUUACUCUUUUCACUGUAUCUACAGGAGAAGGCUGGCCAGAUGUCCUCAAGCACUCAGUAGAUGCUACAUAUGAGAAUCAAGGCCCCAGUCCUGGUUAUCGCAUGGAGAUGUCCAUCUUCUAUGUGGUCUACUUUGUGGUCUUCCCUUUUUUUUUUGUCAACAUUUUUGUGGCCUUAAUCAUUAUCACCUUCCAGGAGCAAGGGGACAAGAUGAUGGAAGAGUACAGCCUGGAGAAGAAUGAGCGAGCCUGCAUUGACUUUGCCAUCAGCGCCAAGCCACUCACCCGGCACAUGCCUCAGAACAAGCAGAGCUUUCAGUACCGUAUGUGGCAGUUUGUGGUUUCACCACCCUUUGAGUACACCGUUAUGGCCAUGAUUGCCCUAAACACCAUUGUCUUAAUGAUGAAAUUCUACAAUGCCACACCUAUAUACGAUAAUCUACUAAAGACGUUCAACAUUGUCUUCACUUCCCUGUUCUCAUUGGAGUGCAUUCUGAAAAUCAUCGCCUUUGGAUUGUUGAAUUAUUUCCGUGAUGCCUGGAAUAUCUUUGAUUUUGUCACAGUUCUGGGUAGCAUCACAGACAUCUUAGUGACAGAGUUUGGGAACAACUUCAUCAACUUGAGUUUCCUUAGGCUGUUUCGAGCUGCCCGUCUCAUUAAGCUGCUCCGACAAGGUUACACCAUCCGCAUCCUGCUCUGGACCUUUGUCCAGUCCUUUAAGGCCCUUCCGUAUGUGUGUCUGCUGAUUGCAAUGCUCUUCUUCAUUUAUGCGAUUAUUGGAAUGCAGGUCUUUGGUAACAUUAGCAUUGAGAUUGAUGAAGAUAUGUCUGAAGAUGACAAACCUGCCAUCACCGAGCACAACAAUUUCCGCACAUUCUUUCAAGCCCUAAUGCUUCUCUUUAGAAGUGCCACAGGUGAGGCUUGGCAUGAGAUCAUGCUCUCCUGUCUGAGUGGAAAGCUCUGUGAUGAGAAAGCAGACCUCAAAGGCCAUGAGUGUGGCAAUGAAUUUGCAUACUUCUAUUUUGUUUCCUUCAUCUUCUUGUGCUCUUUCCUGAUGUUGAACCUUUUUGUGGCUGUUAUCAUGGACAACUUUGAGUAUCUGACGCGUGAUUCUUCCAUUUUGGGGCCCCACCAUCUGGACGAGUAUGUGCGUGUGUGGGCUGAGUAUGAUCCUGCUGCCUGGGGCCGGAUGACUUUCAUGGACAUGUAUGAGAUGCUGAGACACAUGUCUCCACCCCUGGGGCUAGGGAAGAAAUGCCCUGCCCGUGUUGCUUAUAAGGUAGAAUAAUUUUUAAGAAAUAAACAAGGCAUAUUUCAAGUUAGCUUCAUUUUUAAUUAUUUUUUUUCAACAACAAAAAUACAAAAGCUAUAAUUUUUGUACAUUUCUUCCCCCUUCUCAAUACAAUUUCUUGAGCAGUAACAGUGUGUCCGUUCAGUACCGUUAGCGUUUCAUGUUUCAGAGACUCCAUUAUGGCCAAUAAAUGUUGGGUGGGUAAGAAACAACUCCAAGGUGCAUGAUCCUACUCAAAAUCCUCCAUCAAAGUGCCACCACCCUGUCCUCCUGCAUCUAGCAGAAGAGACAUUGCUUUAAAAAUGUUUCACCUCCCAUUCCCUUUGCCACCCUCCCCAAACAAUUUAAACAGCUGUGAUUGCUCUGAAACUAUCCAGCCAAUACAGAUACCCCAAAUGAACUGGGAAGACAAAGCCGGAAGGGGAAGAGAGACCAAAGAUCCAAAACACAUUUAAUGGCACUGGUAUGAGUGCUUUUGAACAGGCCAAUGUGUCUGCUUCUAGUGCGGGGAGUCAAAAUGAUACUAGUCACCCUUACCUGCAUUCUCCAGAAAGAACUGGUGCCAUUGGAUUGAAAUAUUUUCUAAAUAAGUAAAAUGCAUAGCCCUGUGCAUCUAUUCAUCAGUUUUUCUCUACCUGGGCAACCUUUCCUUUUGACCUAUAACACUGUAGUGGAGCUCCUGAAUCUCUGUUAAAAUCUAGUUAACCACAUUGCAGGAGUAGGUUGCAGCAUAGUACAUAUGACAUGUUGAUGAGUCUUUCGGUGUCAAUAUAGGGAACACUGCAGAGAAAAUUAUUGUUAUACCCAUUAGUUGAAAGCAUAUGAUGCACUUGAACUGCCCAUAUACAGUAUGCAGGUGAACAAUGUAGCAUAUAACUAGAAGUUUGCCCACACUCAUCCAUUUCAGACAAAAAUCCCCCCCAUGAGAUGAAGUUUCUGUGGUUCCCAACUUUCUGAAUGCACCUCACAUAUUCAGCAGUAUCCAGGACCCAAAAUCUCCUGGUGUCUUUCACGGCAUGAACAGAGCUCUCCCAGGAAUUCCUGAUCAACCUCCUGUAAGUAGUGUGAAAUGUGGGGGUGGCACAGGUAGCACAAGGGCAGAAGCACGUUAUUCAGACUCCAUGCCCUGGUUCUCAGUGAUGAGGUAAUCAUAGCUGCCAAGUUCUCCCUUUUUUUAAGGGAAAUUCCAUUAUGCUGAAUAGGCUUCCUCGCGAGAAAAGGGAAAACUUGGCAGCUAUGGAGGUAAUUUGCAGGGAUGAGUUAAUUUCCUUGUAUCUGGGUUUAGAUUAUCUAGAUAAAUUCCAGAUAAAUUUCACAAUAUUUCAAAACAGCAGGAAAUUAAAUGUGAACAAGAUAGUAAGAAAAUCACAAGAUAGUAAGAAAAUCACUGUCCUCAUAAUUUUUCCCUCUGUCAAAUGAACACUGACUGAGGGUCAAAGUAGAUGUGACUUUAUUCAUGCAUUUUCUCUGUUAUGCUCGCUUUAAAAAAUAUAAGCAGCUAACGCAGAGGGAGGAGCUGGAUCAAAACCAUGAGGGACACUUUAAGCUUUUGCCCCUGCUAUGGUCCAGAUCAGAAUCUCCCCAUCCCAUUGCCCCCGUCCCCAUCCGCAAUCCUAAACCAACUUGGGGGCCCUCCAUACUGCUAUUUCUGGGGUUGUUGUUUUUUUAAAAAAAACAACAACAACCAAGUAUAUCAGGUUAAAUAAGUGAAUUUACAGCUGCAGCAUUGGUUAACUGGAGAAAAUAUUCGCUGGGAGUGAGUACCUGAGCUUCUUGGUGCCUUGUUUGUUCUCCUGUUUUGUUGUCUCUUAGACAGCUGAGGUUCAUGUUAAGUGCUGUAAGGACUGGGACCCGUGCCUGAACCAGAGGGGUUCUGGCUCAGUCUUGUAAGCUCUUACAUCAGCUUCUGUCUGUGUCAAGAAACAUAAAAGCCCAGGAACAUUUGUGCAGCAAAUGGUAUCAUCCCUUAAGGAGCUCCAUUGGGAGUUCCCAGGGCGUUUUUCCCCCCAGCCAGAACUCAGUUCCGGCGCCUCUCUUUUGGGCUCCAUUGCCAUUCUAAGAGAAUGAGGGAGGUGUUCGUGGUGAGUUCUGGCACCUCUUUAUAAGAAUAGCACUGUGAGUCCCAAGGACAAAGGCAGUGCCCCCAUCUAUCCCCACCCCCCUGCAUCCUGGAGACUUUGGAUACAGUGGUACCUCAGUUUACAACCACAAUUGGUUCCGGAAGUCUGUACUUAAACUGAAGCGUACUUAACCUGAAGCGAACUUUCCCAUUGAAAGUAAUGGAAAGUAGAUUAAUCCGUUCCAGACGGUCUGCGGAAUACUUAAACUGAAGCGUACUUAACCUGAAGCGAACUUUCUGCAUUUCACUUGUUGCUGCAUUAAUAUGAUAAUGCAAUUUAGUAUUAAAUUGCUGAUAAUGCAAUUUAGUACUAAAGGAUAAAUUUAGGAAACAAUACUGAAUAAUGAAAAGGUGUAAAGUUGCAUAGGAUUUUGAAUGAUGGUCCUUUUUCAGUACACUAGACUAUGCUACCCAUGUUAAGCCUGCUCACUCACCAACCUGCCAUUUGAGCUUGUGGGAAUCAUUGUCCGGAUUAGAACACAUGGCAUAUGACUUGCAGGUGUUAGUGUGCCUGACACUUGAAAAACAUCUGUCUGGAAAUGAAUUGAAACUGUUAGAAUUGGGCUUGUAUUAUGAGGGUCUUCACAGAGUUUCAUUAUGGUUUAAAUGCCAGUUUACUAGUUUAGACUUUUGUGCAAGACAGACAGCAUUCACCUUCAGGUGCCAGUUAACUAGAGCCUAGAAGUAUAGGACUAUACUCAUUACCUCUUUACACAUGUACAGGCUAGCAACGGAACACAUGCCCAGGUAGAGCUCCUUCUGGGUAAAAGUUAGACUCAAGUCUUGGGCUCUCUCCACCAACUUGCCUAUGGGUUGCAGUUCAUUCUGCAGUUGGGAUUGCUCUCUCAUGCCCUUCCGGCUGCCCAUAAAAGAAUAAGGGAGGUGGGGAAGUUCUUGUAGUUGUUCUAAUGGCUCUUUUGAUCUCUUUGCAUAACUUAAAACAGACACCCAUGCCUUUUCAGUGCUUCUGCCUCCAUAACGGUGUAACUUCCUACAAAAGAACACAACCUAAGGGGAAGUAGUUCACUACUCUUAACCAGAGACGAAUUAACAGCAACUAACCUUUUUCUCUGCCCCCUUCUCUCUGCUGCUCCAUGCCUCCUUCUCUGUCAAUGCAGUUCUAACCUAUCAGAAGCUUUUCCCUUCUGCUCCUCCAUAACUUCAUACUCUAACCCUAAACCUUUUAUACAUCUCAGCAGCUGAUCAUCAAGCUACAUCUUCUUUCUCCUUUUCUUCCCAAAGUCUACCACUCAUACCCAGAGCUUCCCCUCUCACAUUUUCUAUGUUAUGUGUGUGACAUCUCCUUCACCCUUCCGAACCAUUGGGUUUCUAUUGCUGGUUCAUGGCACAGCUAUUGAAAAGCUCACUGUCACUUGAAAGGGUCUUUGGAUUCUGCAAGUUUAGUGUGGAGAGAAGGGGGAAGAUAUAAAACUGCCAGCUUUAUCAGUGGGGAUAGACUCUGUAGUAAAGGUUUCAGUGCAGUCUGAUGCCACAGAAACUGUGGAGUGAAGAUGCCACAAUAUGAUGAGAAAUGUAGGAAGAUUUGGGGAGAGGGUACUCACAUCCACCCAAGCAAGAGCAGUAAGUAAAGAUGAAUGUUUGAAAGGGCCAUGGUGAGUAGGAGGCAGUAACUGAAAUAGGUUUUUCAGAUGAAAGAUCAUACUACUGUAUCCUGAUGGCAGACAGCAAGUAAUACUUCCUUCAGACUAUAAUAUCAGACCAGUCGUUGCACUGAAACAUACGUGAAAUGAUCAGAGUGCUGGGAGAGACAAGGUCAGUUUGCUCACAUGGCUCUGCCAAUGGAAGAACCUCAUGGGAGGAGUGAAUUACACAGCUAUGCUAGUGCCACCACACCUUUCUGAUCUCUGGUGCUUGUGUGGUUCUACACAUGUAAUUCUACCCGUCCCACAUGGUUCCUGCGUUUUUAGGUUAGCAAAGUGGAAGCCAUAAGAGAAGUGUGAUCAGUCUCCAACUGCAUCUUGCUACUGAAGUAAACAUGACAGCUCUUUCAACCUCUUGGUAGGUCCUUUUUGUGAUAUGUUUUAAUUUGGGUUUAGGAGCAGGGGGAGGGUGUUAUUCUUCUUUUAGAAUGAUCAUAAUCUUAGUGAGAAAACAUGAAUUUCUCAGCCAGUUUGAUUGCAUCUUAUGAGUUGAACAUGCUUAAUAGAGACGAUAUGUAUAAAUGAAAAAUUACUUUAAAGCAGUAAGUCUGAUGGAGAAUACUGCAUGCAGACUAAACUUGAAGAAGUAACAAUAAUCACUCUGAAGUUUUGAUACUACUGUGACUACUACAGUAGUCUUGAGGAGGAUGUGAUUUUUUUGAGAAGCAGAGAGAGGUGUAAUGGGCAAGAGGAGGAAGAGAAUUCCAUUCAUUGGGGGAAGCAAAUGAGAAGAAUCAAAGACAAGACAUAGCCAAGACUAUCUGUGACUUAAAACAAAAUAAGAUAAUUAUCCAGAGCAUUAUGACAUAUAAAGAAGUUAAAUAAGGACGGACAAGACUGGGAAGAGUUUUGAAGAGCUGAGAAGUUAAAGCAUCAACUGAGAGACGUGUAAAUUUUGGUGAGGUUAAAAUAUAACACCUACCUGAAUUAGAAACAGAACAUUUGAGAAUGAGAGAGGACAGUAAAAAAGAACACUUGAGACAAUGAAAUUAGGAAUGACAAGUAUAUUAUUUGUCAGAUGAAGAAACAGAAGGUUUGCAGGACAAGACAACAAAUUCUAUAUAGUGUAUUUUAAGAUAAACUUGAAUGUCGUUUGCAUAAAGAUGAUCAUUGAAAUCAAACUGUUCUGUCAGAGAUACAAAAUUGCAAUGGCCGGUUCUUCAUAUUGAACCAAAUAAAAACUUUGUGAGCUGGACAUUUCAACAAGGAUCAUUCUAUCAUGAUGUAUAAGGUAGACACCAAAAUCAAUGUGAUCUUCUCAUUCUUCUCAGCCUCCUAGUAAGUAGAACCAUCUAGAUCAAGAAAGGUUAACCAAAAUUUUAUUAGAUUUUAUAAGCUGUGCCAAAAGUUAUGACAAUUUCAAAGUCACAAAAAAUAUAAUUAAAUUUAAAAACAUUACGAUCAAAUACAGAAUCAAGGACCAAAAAUUAUUGAGUUCAUCUUACAAUGAAGUUUUCACUUCAGCUAUAUAUUCAGCUAUGUUUCAUGCACAAAUAUCUGUCUGAUCUUUGCAGGACAGGCAAAAUCUGGAUAUGAUGUCAGGCUCUCACCUGUCCUGUGACUUUAGGUUUCUCUUUAAAUUUCAGCUUUCUUAAAAGUGAGCCCAGUAAUUCAUUCCUGCAGUUUAUUCAUCACAUAAUAAUAUAGCAGACAAAAUAACUCUCAAGUUUCAGUGCAGUAUAGAUGUGACCACACUGUCUGCCUACACGAAGUUGGAGAAACACUCCACACACAAACAAUUUGUCAUUCAUCCAUACACACUGCCCAGGCUUCCGCCCCAGGAAUGUCACUUCAGUGCUGCUAACGCAGAGUUUGACUUCACCCCUGGAUAUGCGCUUCAUUGACUCGCAAGACUAAUGGAUGCCAACAUGGAGAAUGCUCUCAUCCUGCACAGAUGCAGGGAGGAUAUGUUGUCUGUAAACACAAGUAUCUUCUUCCAUAAGUUGGAGUUACUGCUGUGCCAACGGCACAUAGAAUCCUGAACAUCUUUGACAUUAUUAAAAAAACAAAAACAUGCUGAACAUGAUAAAUAUGCAGAUCAUAGAUUUUAAGCUAAUUAAGUUCAUCCAUUGUAACAGGAACAAAGAUAAUGCAGGUAUGUACCUUUCACACUGAUUUUUUCUGUCACUUUUCGAGUGGCAGAAGCUAUUAGCAUGCGAUUUCCAUGUAAUUCAAGAUUCACACCCACUUUUAGUAUAAAUUGUCUUGCUUUGUUAAUUAUGGGCAUGUCAAUAGGCUCCGUGAGGAGACCCUGAUUUAUAAACCAGUGCCUCUGUGUAAUCUCCAAAAGAGUGCAAGUCUGCCAGCAACUCCAUAAGGAAUUGAAUGUUGACUUUCGUUGAACCAUGACUGUUUCUGAGAUUUGGGCUAAAAGUGAAGCUGAAUUUGUCACAUUCAUACUGGUUCUUAACAACUACCCCAGUUCUUAAUGAUUGCUUCAAAAACUGAUGCUAAUAUUUUGACCCCACACAUGGAGGUUACAAGAAUGCUUUCUAGUUUGAUUUUGUCUUACGUUGAUCUCAGCACACCUACAAUGUGGGUCAGACAAUUAAAUCUUCACAUGAAAGCUGCUGGAAAACGUAUUUGCCAGUCAUUUGUCAGUUAGCUGGCUUGAACAAGUGAAGAAUCUCCAUGGUAGUUGCUCUCAGGAAAAUAAAUUAUCCAGUCACUGCUUUGCACCACCAGACUACCGGUACUUUGCCAGCUUAUAUUUGAAUAGAAAAUCAGGUCCUCAAUCUUCCUACAGUUUGAUUAAAAGGAAGAAGAGGCCAAAUGGCUGGCAGGCUGCCUAUUUAUCUUGGCACUGAGCGCAGGGUCAAGUGCCACCGUUGGACAGUUGUUCCCAUGCCCAGGGGAAAACCCACAAGGCCCUGCUGCCAUUGGUCAAUUUGGCAGCAGAGAACAAUCCAGCCUGCCAUAUGCCAAUUCACGAGAGUGGCUUGGGGCCUGCCUGCAAAGCUGCCCAUCCCAGAAGGGCAAUGGACUGUCUCUUCAAUGCAAAUCUCCAUUUUUUUGCUGUACUAACCUGCCAUUGGUGAUUGCUUUGGAUUUGAAGAAAUUACAACAUACACACUUAAAAAAAAAACAACGAAAAAACCCUGCCCAAACCUUUAAAGAAAGUUCUCAUCUAUAGGACCACUAUAAGCAGAACUGCAACCUGAUAUUGUUACUGUUGAAAUUCCAAAUUCUGUUCCUCUAUCAUUGGUGGGAAACCAAGUGUUCUCUUUCCACUCAUCUUUUCGUCACAGCUCUUGAGUUCUUGGAUACUUAAAUGCUCUCUCAGUAUUGCCUCUCAUCUCCUUUCGCUCAGUUCCUGCAGCCAAAGAGGCAGAAGAGUUCGUAGGCUGAUAACACUGUAUAACGAUUUUUGACAAAAGUCAUGCCUCUGAGAUAAAAGUAGCCAUUUCUUAUAGAUUUUGAGGUGCUGAAUACGAAUAUGACAAUGAAAAUGCAAAAUCGGCUACAGUUUCUUAGAGAUCUGCAAUCAUUUAUUAUAAUUUGAGUAUGACUAUAUGCUACUAAAUGGAAAUGUGAGUUAUUUGGCUUGAAUAUAUACUAUAACUAAAGAAGCAAUACAUUGGCUAGUGGAAUGAUAUGGAAAGAGGGCACGUGAAAGGUAAAAAAAUGUGCUUUAAAAAACCCAGCCACCAGUUAACAUCUAGAAGAUUUGAAAGGCUACAAAGAAAAUGUUGUCCUGCCCUUUCAGGCACAUAACACAUUUAUAGUCAGCUCAAUGUUGAAUAUAUUUAUAUAUAUCUAUGAACACUCUGGAUUUCAUGUGCUUACCUGAUUUACUUGGAUUGGAAAUGGCUUUUCGAGGUCUUAGGCAGAAGUUUACCCCCAUCAGCUGCUUCUUCAUCCUUUUAACUGCAUUUGCAAGUAAAUGAACUUGGGGCAUUCUAUGUACAAAGCAUAUACUCCACCACUGACCUAUAUCCUGUCUCCUGGAACAGUAAAGCUACAGCCUGUGAGUACCAACAAACUAUACUGUAUUGCCAUACUUGCUAAGGUGCUGAUACAGAUGGGGGCCCCUCCACACAAAUUAAAUAUUCUGUGACAGUCAUAGUAACUGCAGUUUGCUGCACACAAAUGUCAAAAGGGAGCAUUGCAGGGGGUUGAAGUAGAUUGCCCUUUGGGUCCCUUUCAACUCUACAAUUCUAUAAAAAAAUGCAAAAUUGGAGUAAAUCAAGUCUAUCUAGCCCAAAUGAGUGACAGAAGGUAUUGGGCUAAUGCCUUUCCCAGCUUAUGUUUCCUGGGACCCUUCAACCACAAAUGCCAGAGAUUGAAUCCAAUACUUUCUGCUGGCAAAUAAUUUGUUGUACUACUACGCUAAGCCCUUUUUCCCACCUAGAGGGAAAGUCAUCCUUGGUAUCUAACUACUUUCAUGCUCAGUUAAUUGUGACAACCCCAGGAUAAGAAAAACAACCACAACUCAACUAAGUACAUGCUGGUCAGAGAAGAACAAAAUUCCUUAGGAGGAAUUUGAAGAGACUUGGUGGUAUUGCAGUUGGGGUGCAGGCUGCAUUUGCAGAAUACCUCUUGCAUUUUUGCUAUUCUUCAGACAGGAGGCACAAGUGACCAUGUUUUGAAAAUGCCACCACUAUGCUAACUUCUCAACGAAAUAUUGAAAUCUAGUCCUAAGUUGUGGAGAGUCACAGGAAGAUAUGGAACCAUUGUGAGUCCGCACUGCAGUCCAUCCGUCCGGUCAUGGGAUGAUUUGCAAGGAUCAUGUUAUGGCUGGAGAAGAGCAGCACACUGAUGAAUCAUUUUUGAAUGGGAGCAAAAAUCUAAUUAGCCUUGAUGCAGAUGGAGUUGUUAAAAGUGGUUAUUGGCAGUAUUAAGCUCAUCAUAUAAGGCCAAGCAAUUAGGUAGGACGGGGUAAAAAAUCUAGUACCCUCCAGAUGUUUUUGGACUAUGGUUCCCAUCAUCCCUGACUAUUAGCAAUAGCUGCCUUGGGGAGUUGUAGCCCAAAAACAUCUGGAGGGUUCUACAUUGACUAGCUUUGGUGUAGGGAAGCUUCGUUUGUACCAUGUGGACUUUUUACAUAAGGAAAAGUGCAUUAGACCCUGGUAGCCUGGUAAGGCAUCUGGUUUCAAAGGAGACUGUAUGCAGGAGCUUGCAUUUGGGUGUCAGGAAUCCCAGAUUAGCAUAGGCUUGGUGAAAGGAGGAUGAAGAGAUGGGAGAAGGAAUGUGGUGUGUGGAGCUCAAGGUAAAUGAACUUUAGGCUAGAGGCCUUGGUUGGUGUCAAGACUCAUAGGUCUCAUUCCUAGCUGUGCCAUUUCCAUAUCUGUGCUUUACUUCCCAGCUUUACAAAACCCUUUGAGUAAAAAUAUUGUUUUCAGUGCAAUACACUGUAAUAAUCUCUCUCCUCUGUAAUGGCCCACUCCUCUGUAAAUCUUCCAUGUCCUUUCCAUUUGCUACCAUUGUCCAUACAUCCCUUGGUUCAUUCAACCAUGGCAUCAGCUGUCCAGAAAACCAGAGAGAGAUAAAUUUGUUCUGCGGUUCCCUUACAUAUUUGUGGGGAAGAGAAUUGGGGUUUCGGAGUGCCAUAUCUGCCCUGGUAAAGAAUUGCUGCCUGUAUCCAUCCACCCCCACCAUUAUCCCUUAUUCACUGUUGCUGUCCCUGAUCAUACAGAGAUCUCAGGAUUUCUUCUGCAUGAGACAGCAAUCCAAGGGACCCAAUUCUCCUAUGGAAUUGGCAUUUUCAUAAUCAUUAGCCUACAUACACUAUGGCUAACAUGAUUUGGCUCUUUCAUCUCCCUUACAGUUGCAAUCCAUGCUUGCUCCAGUGCAUGGAAAAGCUAGGGUGCUGUCCCCAAAUAAGCGCACAGUGAAUUCUGUGCUAUUGAAACACACACACAAGCACACAAACAGAAAUUCAAAUUCAGUAGGCGGAAACUACAAACUAUAAGUGGAUUUCUUUAUGAACAAUACAAAUACGUAUGAAUAUUUCUAUAACAUUUUGUAUUUGUUUGGGUUUGCAUUGAGAUAUUUUGGGUCACUACAAUAAAUUCUUCAGGGAAUUGAAUGCAGCAAAACAAUAGAGGGAAAGUGGGUAUAGAAUGACUCUGGAAGAAGGGCUUGUGGCAUGGGUGUGGGGAGGAGGGGAGCCACAAGCAACUGCUGCACUCAGGCCUAAUAUCACAGUUUGUGAUACCAGAAUAAGAAUAGCUGCAGUGUGGUAACAUUUAAAGGAAGAUUCUGUGGGUGGAAGCUGCAAGGUAGCUUACAAACCCAUAACAGUUCUGCAGGUCCUGGGACAGGUCACUGCUCCUGUGGGAGGUAACUAUGCUGCUGGCCCCAUCCAUAUGAAUCCAUUGUUACUAGAGGUCAGCCAUGGUAUAGCAGUUCCUAUGCCAUUCAUAAAAGCAAAGUAACACUCGGGGUUUAUCCACACUUUUAUUUCCUCUACUUCUUCCAGGCAAAGUCUGUGCUUUAAAACACCGCAUUCAAGUGCUCUCUCUUUUUUUUGCCCCAUCGCUUUCCCUGCAAAACCCCGCACUUUAAAGCUCAAUCAGAGCAAAGAGCAAUCUGCUGGGAAACCCAAAUUGAUGCUUGCUCUGAUUGGGUUCUAAAGAGCAGGUUUUCACAGGGAAAGCUUCGGGGGGGGGCAGGGACCCAACAAUUCUUGGACGUGGAGCUUUUGAGUGCAAACCUGUGUCUGGAAAGAGCAGGAGAAAUGGUAACUGUGGAUAAAGUCUUGUAGACUGCCAGAAUCCUGAGGGUUUAUCCACACUUUCUCUUGUCCUGCUGCUUUCCUCCAGGGAAAACUGCUCUUUAGGGCUCAAUCAGAGCAAAUAACAAUUCGGAUUUUCCCCAAAUUUCCAUUUUUUCCAAUCUAUUGCUAAAGAGCAUGUUUUCCCUUGGAAAGGAACAGGGCAAAGGAAAACUUCUUGGACCCAUGCUUUCUAUGCACAGCACAAGUGGAAGAAUUGACAAACCCUGAGUGAGGUAGUCACCAAGAGGUGUGGCUAUUGAGUUCUGGUUGUAAAGCAAAAAUAUAAUUUCUACAACUACUGUUAAACCUUUGGUCAACUGCAAAAAAGUCCAGAGAGUCCAAACCCAGUCCUCUGUGAAUUCUGAAUGCAUUGCAAAAGGUCUAAGGGAUGAGAAGGAAAAUAAGGUUGCUUCAUCUUGUUUUAUGAGGUGCCUCACCUUUGGGAUCCACAACAGAUCCUGCAUAUGGCCCAAAACAAAGGCUUGACUCUGCAAGAUCUUCUGACAGGUUGAAUUAAGUUAUGUGACAGGAAUGGAUUUGAUGCACAGGCCAUGUACCUUGUUCAUGGACAGCUCAGAAACACAAGGUAAUGUGAAGGCACAGGCAGCAUUCUUACCAAAUUGCCAAAGAGGAGGAAAUUCUGAAUACCCAAGUACGAAGCACUGAGGAAGAUCUGUUCAGUCUAAUGCAGGCUGCUCUCCCAAGAUUUACAGGUUUUCUGGACAUCAGAUUCCUGAGGGAUCUUCCUACUUAACGUGUCAUCAUCAUUAUCAUCACCAUCAUCUAUAUGUGUGUCUCCCUCUUUCUUUCUCCUCUUCCUUCAGAGUUUUUGAUCUCAUCUGUCAUUCUGUGCACCUCUGUUCAGUGACAUCCACUUAAUGAACCCCAAGGACCCUGACCGUCUAACCCCCAUUUCCAUUGGUCCUAUCUCAGCUAAUGCACUAGCUGGUCAAGCCCCACCCUGAGCAUCUUGUGUGAUCUCCAGCCCACAGCCUUGGCUCAGGAAUGGCACAUGGCCCAUAGUCUGUCAAUUUCAUUUCUUUCUUUUCUACCUUAAGGACGCACCCAUUUUUUGCACCAAGAGCCCACAAUCCGGAUCUCUCCCUUAGAGCAAUCUAUACCAGAGCUAUGAAUGAGUCUCAACGUGUUCUCUGUGCAUGCUUUUGCACUGUGCUGCAUGUUGCAUGCUCUUUUUGCAUGCUCUAGUCUUGCGCAUUUGAUGAAACCUGCUCUGUUGAAUGUGUGCAUUCUUCUUGGACCCUAUCCCUUUACCACUGCUGUCUACUGCUGUCUUGGAUAGAUGGGAUUUUAUUUGAGAUUUUCCUUUGUUUUACACUUUUUUACUUUUAUAUAGACAAUGAGCUUUUUGGGGAGAACUCUGUGGAAGUUCAGAAGAGGAUACAUUCUGGAGAGGAGAGAUUACAUCAUGAGAGAUUUAGUUGGAUAGGACACAUGGGACUCAUCUACAGCUAGGGGAUGAGAGUAGCUCUAGUGACCCAAGCUAGGAGUCUAGAAUAUUCCUAUUUCUGAAAACUGAUUGGGAUACAGUGGGCUAGAACAGAAGCCAGGAAACUGUCUCCAAGUCUAAUGCAGACAACAUAAGGGUCUCCUUGCAGAGGCCUUCAGACUACAAUCAUCUCUGGCUAAAGUCAUUGGCAAAAACCCAGUAGAUAAUCUUGCAGAAUGUUAAAGGUAAAUCUCAGUGGAAUGAAUUUCUAAGCAACAUGUUUAGGAGUGCAACCAGGUCCAUACAGUUAUUAUGGGGUUAUUUCCGGGCCCUUCUUCUAGUAGCUGAUGUGGAAUCCACAUACUUUGUGGAAUCCACAAAGAAAGCAGUUGGGUGAAAGCAAAAUAAGCAGAUGGGUGAAAGCAGUUGGGUGAAAGCAAAAUAAGGUGUGAUGAGAGCCGAGUAUUCAGAUAUUAACAUAUUGCAACUAGGCUUUGGUCCUCAUGAAAUUGGGUGGGAAGUGAGGUUAAUUCAUGAGUAGGAGGAUUCGAUGCAAGACAAAGUGAUUGAACUCAGAGUUCUCCCCAGAGCUCAUAUACUCCUCUGUGCAUGAUAACCUGGGUGGUGGGGAGUUGUGAGAUGACACCGUUCUGCUUGGGUUUCUGCAGAGACUACUUCGUAUGG